AUGAGCACAAAGGACUUCUCGCAAUGGGAUCAGCUCAAAUAUCGCCGCCGAAUCGAAAUUUUCGGCAUGGACGACGGCCCAGUGAUUGCAUCGGGACCAAAUAACGAGUUCGAUGCUAUUUGCCAACCAGGAGAGCUUACCGACAAGGGUCGCCAAACUACUAUGGCCCUCGGCGAACGUCUUCGUCAUCUCUAUGUUGAUCAACUUCAUUUUAUGCCUAAGCUCAUUGCCGAUAGCGACAUGAUCUAUCUACGAGCUACUCCCAUCCCACGAGCUCUCGAAUCAGUUCAACAAGCUUUCUGGGGUUUCUAUCCACCGUCUGCAAGAACUGCCGACUUUCCUCCUCCCACUAUCAUCACAAGAACACCCGCCGACGAAACUCUCUUUCCUAACGACGCCAGUUGCAGACGUUUCGCCCAGCUUAGCCGCGCAUUCGCGCAACGAACCGCUGAACGCUGGAAUGACACCGAGGACAUGCAGUAUCUGUCGAAACUCAUUUCAAAGUAUAUGCCCGACAAAGCCAAAGUAGCUGUGGAUUCUCGGCCAAGACUUUCGGGUAUCAUGGAUACUAUCAACGCAACAGAUGCUCACGGCCCAGAGACUAAACUCCCCAAGGAUUUCUACGACCCCAAGGCGCGUGCCAUCAUUGACAAAAUCGCCGUAGAAGAGUGGUUCAAGGGCUACACAGAGUCAGCUGAGUACCGCAUGCUUGGUAUCGGAGCUCUGCUGGGCGACAUCACAUCACGCAUGACCGGCAGUGUGGAGAAGAACGGGAGAGACGGACUGCUUGAAGUUGGCGGUAGCGGCGGUGAAAUGGGACGUGGCCGAGGUGGCGAACAUAGCACCAGACUCGCUCUCUCAGGCUGCCACGAUACAACCCUUGCCGCCGCCCUGACGUCCCUUGGUGCAUUCGAGAAUGAAAAGUGGCCACCGUUUACCAGUCACAUUGCUUUCGAACUCUUCAAAGGCCGCAGUACAUCCCCACCUCCACGACCAACAACUCCCACGCUCUCUCAAAACGCCCCACCAAAAGCGCAAAGCUGGUGGUCGUCUUUGUUCGGUCGCACAAACCCUACCACCCUGUCCGACGCUCCCCAGCCCAAAGGCAUUGCACGCAAACCCUUGAGCGAGCUUACGGCCAGUCAGCGCGAAGAGCUACAAGACUAUUAUGUCCGUGUGAGGUACAAUGACAAGAUCAUGCAAAUUCCGGCUUGUAAAGCAGCGGGCAAGCAUCUCGAGGGCGAUACGACAUUCUGCACGCUCGAGACAUUCAAGGGCGUUGUGGACCAAAUCACACCGAAGAACUGGAAGGUGGCAUGCAGUUCGAGACUGGACGCUCCUGCAUUCCCCGAGAAGGCAGAGAUUGCUGGGUACGAGUGA